GGGGUUUUUCUGUAAUAAUGCUCCAACCACUGUCUUCUUCGUGCCCAUUGAGAUCAGAAGAAGAAGAAACAGAAAAAGAGAUCGAAAAUGGGGAUACCUCUCCCAAUGGAAACCCUAACUCAUCGAGCUAACUUACUACGAGAAUCUCUCCACAAGAGCCAGACCAUCACCGACAACACCGUGACCAUCCUUGGAUCCUUCGAUCACCGCCUCUCCGCCCUCGAGGCCGCCAUGAGACCGACUCAGGUUCGGACGCACGCGAUUCGGAGGGCGCAUGAGAAUAUUGAUAAGACGCUUAAGUCGGCUGAGGUUAUUCUCGGUCAGUUUGAUCUCACGCGUCAGGCUGAGUCUAAGAUUUUGAAGGGUCCACAUGAGGAUCUUGAAAGCUACUUGGAGGCGAUCGAUCAGUUGAGGGCUAAUGUACGAUUCUUUAACUCCAACAAAAGCUUGAAGAGCAGUGAUGGGCUGCUUAAUCAUGCCAACAAUUUGCUAGCGAAGGCCGUACUGAAGCUUGAGGAAGAAUUUAAGCAGCUUCUUUCUUCUUACAGCAAGCCGGUGGAGCCUGAUCACCUCUUUGAUUGCCUUCCUAACUCUCUCCGUCCAUCGCCUGAAAAUGAAGGUGGUAAAAGUCCAUCAAAUACCAAUCAAUCAGACGACCAGAUCAAAAGCUUAGAGACGGCUGUAUACAAGCCUCCAACUCUUAUUCCUCCAAGGGUUUUGCCUCUGCUACAUGACUUAGCUGAACAAAUGGUUCAAGCAGGAAAGCAACAACAAUGCCUAAAUAUUUAUAGCGAAACCCGUGCUUCAGCUUUAGAACUGAGUCUUCGGAAACUGGGAGUGGAAAAGCUUAGCAAAGAUGAUGUGCAGAAGAUGCAGUGGGAGGUCCUAGAGGCAAAAAUUGGAAAUUGGAUUCAUUUUAUGCGAAUUGCAGUUAAACUGCUAUUUGCUGCGGAACGAAAAAUUUGUGAUCAGAUUUUUGAAGGAAUAAGUAAUGCUCUUAAGGAUCGAUGUUUUGCUGAAGUGACUACAAACAGCGUGUUAAUGCUUCUUAGUUUUGGAGAAGCAAUUGCAAAAAGUAAAAGAUCGCCCGAAAAGUUGUUUGUACUUCUAGACAUGUAUGAGAUAAUGCGUGAACUGCAGCCAGAGAUUGAAGCAAUUUUUGAGGGCAAAGCCUGUGCGGAUAUGCGUGGAGCUUCACUUAGUUUGACCAGGCGCUUAGCCCAGACUGCCCAAGAGACAUUUGGUGAUUUUGAAGAAGCAGUUGAAAAGGAUGCUACAAAAACAUCUGUGCAAGAUGGAACCGUGCACCCUCUGACUAGCUAUGUUAUAAAUUAUGUGAAGUUUCUUUUUGACUACCAGUCCACACUGAAGCAGUUGUUCCAAGAGUUCGAAACUGAGGAAAAUUCAAAUUCUCAGCUGGCAAUUGUAACCAUGCGCAUUAUGCAAGCUCUUCAGAGUAACCUGGACGGAAAAUCUAAGCAAUAUAGGGAUCCUGCUCUGACUCAUCUGUUCCUUAUGAAUAACAUCCACUAUAUGGUCAGAUCGGUUCGAAGAUCUGAAGCGAAGGAUCUUUUGGGCGAUGACUGGGUUCAAAGACAUCGAAGGGUUGUGCAGCAAAAUGCAAAUCAAUAUAAGAGGGUUGCUUGGGCUAAGAUUUUGCAGAGCCUUUCUGCUCAAGGUUUGACUUCAUCAGGUGGAGGCAGUGCUGUAGGAGGUGACGGAAGUAGUAGCAGUGGAGUCUCCCGAUCAGCAAUAAAAGAGAGGUUCAAGUCUUUCAAUGUGCAGUUUGAGGAGCUUCAUCAAAGACAGACCCAAUGGACAGUACCAGACCCAGAGUUGCGUGAGUCUCUGAGGCUUGCCGUUGCUGAAGUUCUAUUACCAGCAUAUAGAUCUUUCAUAAAACGUUUUGGGCCACUUGUUGAGGGCGGGAAGAAUCCACAGAAAUAUAUCAAAUACACUGCAGAGGAUCUCGACAGAAUGCUAGGCGAGUUUUUCGAAGGAAGGGCUACUGGAGCCUGAACUCCUGAAGUAUGAAACCCUUUGUUGUGUGUAAAUUUUUAUGUUUUGAUCUUACGUACGUCUACAGUGUGUAAAUAAGAACUGUUUUUGGUUUCAUUGUAUUUAAUUUGUCCUUUAUGAGAAUACUUCGGAGUUUAGUAGUGGGAGGUUUGGGCUUGUUUCAUUGAUGUCUUCUUUUCCUAUAAUUUUUUUUUAAAUAACAAAUAAAGCAACGUAUGGAGGAUAUGUACUCUAAGCAGUGAUUUUCAACCUCUGUCAUGCCAUUGAUAUUUGUAUGUUGUUGACUA